AGAUGAUCAAUAAACCAUGAGUAAUUAAUAUCCUUUUAGUAAACUAUGGUUAUAAUAAGUAUAGAAUUAUGUUUAUGACAUAUCAUUGUCAAGAGGAAUAGUACAAUGGCACUGAGCGAAUAAGCACAAUGAUCAAGUUCACCAGACAAUCGCAACUUGCCGAAAGACUACGAAGGUUGGAAACCUUAAAGAGCAAACCAAUGAGGCAUUUUCACAUAAUGCCGGGAGAGGAAAAUUUAUGCCUCGUUACGAGAUACACUAACCAAUUAGAAAUGACAUUAUUUGAUGCAGGAAGUUAGAACAGUGAUGCCCCCGAAAGAAAAUGAGGUUCUCUUGCGAGUGGGGAGCUGUUGCAUUUCAAAUUAUGACUUCGAAUAUCUGACGAGAUUUCACGGCAAAGACCAAAGCUUCGACAAAACGCUGAUACUUGGAACAUUUGGCACCGGGAUUGUGAUUAAAGCAGGAACUGGAGUCCAGGGAAUGUUUGACAUAGGUGACCGUGUAGCUGUUGAACCAGGAAUUAACUGCCAAAAGUGUCCUCAUUGCUUGGAGGGUUCCACCAACCUGUGUCCUCACAUUAGGUACCUCGGCACGGAAGGACUUGAUGGUAUCCUCUGUAGGUUCAUAAAUCAUCCAGCAGAAUUCGUUCAUAGAUUGCCACCUGGAGUUUCUUUAGAACUAGGAACGCUAGCAACGAAAAUAGCUGGCUGUGUCCAUGGCUACUAUCGCUCUAAAGUAAUGAAAGAUUCAAAAAUAUUAAUAAUGGGAACCAGUCUGAUUGGAUUACUUGCAGUUAUGAUAUAUAAACAUCUUGGAGCUGGUAGCAUAUUUGUAGCAGAAACAAACAACUAUAAACUGAGAAUGGCCCGAAAAGCUGGUGCAGAUUAUUUGAUAAAAUUGGCAUCCCUUUACAGUUCCGAAUAUCCAGAAUACCUGAUAGAGAUCAUUGAUUCAAUAAAAUCUGGAAAACCGGACGUAGUUAUCGAUACAAUGGGAACAGCUUCAUCACUGGAGAACUCAUUUAAUCUAACCAAAAGCGGAGGAAGAAUAUUGCUGAUGAAUCGGAUGUCUAGACCCAUCGAGGCAAAGUUCGUUCAUACCACCCUAAGGGAAAUUGAUGUAGUAGGGGCUUAUUCUUACACUCAUUCCAGUUUUAUCGAAGCACUUAAGUUGUUGUCCAAUGACAAUAUUCCAUUCAAGAAAAUACUACCGAUUAAGAUACCAUUAGAAAGAGCUUUGGAUGCGUUCAGCCAUGGAAGGGCAACAGGAGGCGAAAAUUUAUUUAUAUUAGUGAACAGCUAUGAAUCAACAUCUCUCCAAGAUCAAAGAAGUGAAAGCAGUGAAGAAAAGAAUGCAAGCAUCCCAGAACGGACACCAGUUAAAGAACUACCAGAUCCAACAAAACCAAUCACAAGCACAGAAUUAAAAGAACCGACCAAACCAGCCACCAGAAAGGAAUCAUCAACAGAUCCUACAAAAGCCACGAGUGCAGAAUUAUCAACAGAGCCGAAAAAACCAACCACGGGUACAGAUUUAUCAACAGACUUGAAAAAAACAAAAAGUACAACAGACCCAAAAAAACCAACCAUGAGCACGAGUACUGAAUUAUCACCAGAUCCAACAAUACCAGCUACCAGUACGGAAUUAAAAGAACCAAGCAAACCAGCUACCAGUACGGAAUCAAAAGAUCCGAGCAAAUCAGCUACCAGUAUGGAAUCAAAAGAGACGACCAAAUCUGCUCCCAGUACGGAAUUAAAAGAACCGAGAAAACCAACCACAAGUACGGAAUUAAAAGAGUCGACCAAACCAAUUACGAGUACGGAAUUAAAAGAGACAACCAAACCAGCUACCAGUACGGAAUUAAAAGAACCGAGCAAACCAGCUACCAGUACAGAAUCAAAUGAGACAACCAAACCUGCUUCCAGUACAGAAUUAAAAGAGACGACCAAACCUGCUACCAGUACAGAAUUAAAAGAACCAAGCAAACCAGCUAUCAGUACGGAGUCAAAAGAACCGAGCAAACCAGCUACCAGUACAGAAUCAAAAGAACCGAGCAAAUCAGCUACUAGUACGGAAUUAAAAGAGACGACCAAUCCAGCUACCAGUGCGGAAUUAAAAGAACCAAGCAAACCAGCUAUCAGUACGGAAUCAAAAGAACCGAGCAAACCAGCUACCAGUACGGAAUCAAAAGAGAUAACCAAUCCAGCUACCAGUACGGAAUUAAAAGAACCGAGCAAACCAGCUACCAGUACGGAAUUAAAAGAACCAAGCAAACCAGCUAUCAGUAAGGAAUCAAAAGAACCGAGCAAACCAGCUAUCAGUACGGAAUCAAAAGAACCGAGCAAAUCAGCUACCAGUACGGAAUCAAAAGAGAUGACCAAUCCAGCUACCAGUACGGAAUUAAAAGAACCGAGCAAACCAGCUACCAGUAUGGAAUCAAAAGAGACGACCAAAUCUGCUACCAGUACGGAAUUAAAAGAACAGAGCAAACCAACCACAAGUACGGGAUUAAAAGAGUCGACCAAACCAAUUACCAAAACGGAAUCAAAUGAGCCGACCAAAUCAGCCACCAGUACCGAAUUAUCAACAGAUCCAAAAAAACCAUUGAGUUCAGAAUCAUCAACAGAGACAAAAAAAUCAAAACAAACCGAUAAAUUAGAAAAUCAUAACAAACAAAAAGUAACAUCAACAAGUCCUAGUGAUGACAACAAGAAUGAAGAAAUGAACAAGGAAAGGAUCUAUGAGGUUGUAGAGGAUAUAUUAAGGCCAAAAGAUCCUGGAGAAAAUGAACCGAGGCCAGAAGAUAAAGAUACCAAACAGGACUUAUCCUCAAAUAAAAAAGACAAUAAAGAAAAUAAUAACAAAAAUGAUGAUAAUAAUAAUAAUAAAAAGAAUUGACUAUUUGCUUUAUGAAGAUUUUAUAUUCAUAAAUUACCAACCAAUGAUCCAUUCUGAUAAAAAAAAAUCCCUGUUCUAGUGGCAAGGGUUUGUUCUUACUUUUUUUUGAAAUUGUACAAUAAAUAAAAAUAUAAAAACAAUACAACAAUAAGACAUACUUUAAUCCUCUUUUAAUCAUAUUGAGAUCUAGGGUUAAGGAACUUCUCCGGUCACUGAAUUGAACAAUCUGAAAACAUAGGAAUUAUUAAAGCUUUAACAAAUAAAUUAAUACCAAUAAAG